CGGGAUGGUUGCUGUACAGCUGGCGGCUUUCUGAGACAUUCCUACACUUUCGUGACUUUUAUGGCUGUGCUGGUCAAGCCUAAUAAUUAUGACCCUGCAUUACCGGUACGCUUUCACUGCUACCCGCUAGUCAUAUUCUGUCGACCAGUCACCCAAGCCAUCUGAAACUGCGCCUCACCUCCGACCUCCGUACCAACACAACCACCUCCUUCUUCAUCAACGACAACUCACCUUCGGAAGGUUGAGAUUUCCACUCCUUUCUAUCGACUUUUCCUGGUAUUCAUCUUGUUCCAGCCUCCCUCAUACGCGUCCGACUAGCUUCUCCUGCGGUAUCAUGGCCACCGAGGCCUCAAUCGCCCUCACAAACCGCUCCCUCCGUACCAUUCGCACUGAACUCGAAUUCCUCGCAGACUCCUCGAUCAUCUCGCCUGAACAGCUUUCCUCCAUUCUAUCUCAACUUCCUGCUCAGACACCUCUACAUGCUCCCUUACACGCUCCUGUCAAUGGCUCAACUAACACGCCUGUCGAACAAUUUUCAAACAUGAGUUUGAAAGAACACUACACUCCAGUUCCGACACCUGCGCCCCUCCCACCUCCAGCAUACGUCCAAACACCUCAGAUAUUGUCGGUCGCAACUGCCCUUUAUGCAUAUAGCCCUACAGACGCCGGCGACUUGGCGCUUCAGCAAGGUGAUAGGAUACAAGUUACCGAACACAUGAACAAUGACUGGUGGCGAGGCCGAAAUGAACGAACCAACAUGGAAGGCAUCUUUCCUCGAAGUUAUGUCAAUGUAAUCGACGAGAAAGGACGGCCGCCCCUGCAACCUCAGCCAUCAGACUAUGGGAACAUGCCACUUCAGGUUGCUCAAGGCGGCAUGACGCCUGGCGCCGACGGCCGGAAAUACAGCAAACUCGAGGAGCAUGGCAAGAAGUUUGGCAAGAAAAUGGGUAAUGCUGCUAUUUUUGGGGCUGGCGCCACGAUUGGCAGCAACAUUGUCAACGGCAUAUUCUAAUGAUGGGAUCGUCUCUUUUAUGUUCACUAUUUCAGCCGCACAAGGCUACGAUCAUGGAUUUGGGUAGAACACCUUUCCACUGAGAAAGGCACCACCGCGAGGGGAGUGAUAAUGAACUCACACCAAAAACCGGGGAGAUUCUUAUGUCAAAACGGAGUACAUGGGCAAACGGCGCGAACUAUUUCGGAAAGUGAUGAACGGAUUGGGCUGAUCAGGAAGACCCUAACAAGAGACCUAUAUUUCCUUUGUGAUGUAUCUGGAGUCGGAGCAAUCAACCGGACUUUUUCUUCAACCAGAGAGACGGAUUACUUUUCUUCUGGGAGAGUGACAGACUGGACCUGCAAGGCCUCGGAGGAGGAUGACUACUUGCAGGCAUUGAAAGCAGUCCUGAUUAGAUAUGCAGAAAUUUUUGCUGCACAUAUUGGUAUUUGAUAGGAAUGUCCCCAACAUCUGCAUGUUUUUUUGACAUCUCCAUGUUAAUCCCAGG